AGAAUCAACUGUCAGUCACGAACAUCUACGAUUUCACCUGGUCAGCGUUAUAAAAUCGGUUGUGCAUCGCAAUUGCCCAGACAGUUUGAACUGGAGCACCCACAAUGAUGAGCAGAAAUAUACGGAAGAGCGGCCUCUUUGGCUAUACUGUGAUACUUCUUCUAGCGGUCAUCCAUCUGCAGGCGAGUGCUGUUCCCACCACCACCACCAAAUCCCCAUCGACGUUGGCCACCACCACGAAGGCGACGCCCAGGGUGAAUCCCCUUACGGAGUCGAAGCUCGAGAAGAAUUGCAAGGCUCUGUGCGAGCACUGCGGCUGUUUGGGUUUCUACUGCGGGGAGGAGUGCCUUUGCGAGUGCAACGAUGACAACUCCGACACUGAGUGCAUUCGCACCAUGCAGAUGAAUGCCAAAACGCUGAAUCUGCCCUUUGAAAUAGUCAUCCAGGGGCCAAGUAGCAAUCGUUUCGUGCGCAACGCCCAGCAGUUCGAGCAGAAGCGGGAUCUAGUGGCCAGGAGUGCCUCCGCUUCGGGUCAGGCUCCUCGAAACCGUCGCUCUAACAUAACCAUCUACAAGCCCUCCAAGAAGUCUACCAAUCAGUCCACCGCCAAUGCCCUGGAUACUGUUUCCAAGGCUUCGGAGAAGGAGGUGACAAGGCACAAGAGGUCCGUCGAUCACCUGGAGUGGUUCAAUGACUUCGCCGGCUCUUUGGUGCGUCCCUCGCCCUUAGGCACCAGGGCCCAAAAGCAGCUGCGGGAGUCCAAGCCAUCGCCUUUUAAGCGCCAGACUGCUCUGGAGGAGCCGGCCCGUCGGGAACCGUGGUUCCUGGAGCAUGCUGCUCCACGUCUGACUCGUCCCGCUCCCCUGAAGAAGGACCAACUCUCUCGGAAAAACAAGAAGAGUCCGUUCUCCCGUAAGAUUACCAAGAGCAAAGCCCCAAAAGAGCAGAUGCGCAGGGAACAGGAGCGAGAGAUUCGUCCCCUCCGCGAUGCCCUACAGGUGGUGGAGCGGAUUCCCAGGGUGCUCCAGGAUACAGUAAACCAUCUUUCGUCCGAUCCCCGCAGUGGGGAUGUCUUUAGCCUGAACAUUAGGAACGAGGCAUUGCUCCAGGAAAAGGAUGAGAGAGAAGAUGAGGAGCGUGUGCCCCGGAGGCCAGGUUCAACUUUCCGAGAUAUGCGGCGCAAUGAGAUCAUUCCGGAAGCUGUGACUCUUGCUGCUCCAAUGGAACCCGCACCUCGAGCUCAACUUUCUGUCCAGCGAGGGGGUCUCCUGCUGCCCUGGUUAAGACAGCGGCGACUCAUGCGAUUGCAGCAGGCCAGGGGCAAUAUGUAGAGGUACUCCCUCAACUAAUUCCUAAUCCAAUUUAAUAUGUCCAAUUAUUACUCUCAUAUUUUGUUGUAUAUUUUUAAGAAUUUUGGGCACUCAUAAAAUAAAUUUGCAAUUUGUAAUGUUCUGCGGUAGCAGCUAUCCAAAGGAA